AUGACGGUUGAAAGGAUUGUGGACAAAAGGAAAAACAAGAAGGGGAAGACGGAAUACCUGGUGCGGUGGAAAGGCUAUGACAGUGAGGAUGACACAUGGGAGCCGGAGCAGCAUCUUGUGAACUGUGAGGAGUACAUCCAUGAUUUCAACAGACACCACACAGAGAAGCAGAAAGAGAGCAUCAUAACCAGGACAAACAGGACCUCUCCCAACAAUGCUAGGAAACAGAUUUCCAGAUCCACCAACAGCAGUUUUUCUAAGACCUCUCCUAAAUCCCUUGUGAUUGGCAAAGACCACGAGUCAAAAAACAGCCAGUUAUUUUCUGCCAGCCAAAAAUUCAGGAAAAACACAGCCCCAUCUCUCUCUAACCGAAAGAAUAUGGACCUAGCAAAAUCAGGUAUAAAGAUACUUGUGCCUAAGAGCCCCAUUAAGAGCAGGACAGCAGUAGAUAGCUUUCAGAACGAGAGCCCUGAGAAGCUGGAUCCCACAGAGCAGAGCCAGGACACUGUGAUCCCGGAAGUGGCCACAGAGAAGCCCGUUGGAGCUCUGUUGGGCCCUGGUGCAGAGAGAGCCAGAAUGGGGAGCAGGCCUCGGAUACAUUCACUAGUGCCUCCGGCGCCUGGCCCAGCAACGGCUGCUAUGGCCACUGGACUCACCGUUAAUGGGAAAGGUACAUCUCCAUUCAUGGAUGCAUUAACAGCCAGUGGAACAACCAACAUACAGACAUCUGUUACAGGAGUGACAGCCGGGAAAAGGAAAUUUAUUGACGACAGAAGAGACCAGCCUUUUGACAAGCGGUUGCGUUUCAGUGUGAGGCAAACAGAAAGUGCCUACAGAUACAGAGAUAUUGUCGUCAGGAAGCAGGAUGGUUUCACCCACAUCUUGUUAUCAACAAAAUCAUCAGAGAAUAAUUCACUAAAUCCAGAGGUGAUGAAGGAGGUCCAGAGUGCACUGAACACAGCUGCUGCUGACGACAGCAAGCUGGUGCUGCUCAGUGCUGUGGGCAGCGUCUUCUGUUGCGGUCUGGACUUUAUUUAUUUUAUACGGCGCUUAACAGAUGAUAGAAAAAGAGAAAGCACUAAGAUGGCAGAAGCUAUCAGAAACUUCGUGAAUACUUUUAUUCAAUUUAAGAAGCCUAUUAUUGUAGCAGUAAAUGGCCCAGCUAUUGGACUAGGAGCAUCUAUAUUGCCACUUUGUGAUGUGGUCUGGGCUAAUGAAAAAGCCUGGUUUCAAACGCCCUAUACCACCUUCGGACAGAGUCCAGAUGGCUGUUCUACUGUUAUGUUUCCCAAGAUUAUGGGAGGAGCAUCUGCAAAUGAAAUGUUGCUCAGUGGACGGAAGCUGACUGCACAGGAAGCAUGUGGCAAAGGACUGGUCUCCCAGGUGUUUUGGCCAGGGACAUUCACACAGGAAGUGAUGGUUCGAAUUAAGGAACUUGCCUCAUGUAAUCCAAUUGUGCUUGAGGAGUGCAAAGCCCUUGUGCGCUGCAACAUGAAGAUGGAGCUGGAGCAGGCAAAUGAGAGGGAGUGUGAAGUACUGAAGAAAAUCUGGGGUUCCGCCCAAGGCAUGGACUCCAUGUUGAAAUAUCUGCAGAGGAAAAUUGAUGAGUUCUGAUUGUCAGCACGUCUACUGAAGGACACUGGAGCUGCUUGGUGGGGGACAUCAUGGCCCCACGUCACCCUACUCUCCACCUCACAGCCUGAAAUAAAUUUACCCGUACCUGAUGCUUGGAAGCAGGACUGGAAACCUCCAAGCUAUUUAUUAUCAAGGAGUUUUUAAGUACUGUGACUUGACAAUAAAUAACUACAAAGCUCCUUAGUCCAAAUGUCAUUACUUUAUACUUAAUGUCCACACAUGUAUGAAAUGUAACGACGAGCACUACACUGCUCUUUCGAAGCUCGUCUCUGUUCUUGACUAGCGCUGUAUACAAAAGAAACGAAUUGUGCUUUGCUGUCUUUGGGUGCCAGCAAUGCCUAGAAUAAUGUCAUUUUUUUCCUUCUAGAACACACAAUUUUAAAUGUUGUUAGCCAGCUUUCUUUUUCCUGUCUCAAACAGUGAUAAAGAGAGAUCGGAGGCAUUGCCUUGGUCUCCAUGAAGGUACACAUGCCUCAGAGAGGGAAAAAUCUAACUCAAAUAUAAACCUUCCUCUUCAGGAUGAUUCCUUCUGAUGAAAAGUUCCCAAACAAAUUGCCCACCUAGGGUAUAUACUGAGACAUCAGCUGGUCCUUGUUCUUUUUUAAUAUGUCAGUUAUUACCCAGUUAACUUGAAGAAACCACUCUUUUUCUAGAAGAAAGCUUGUUUUGCAGUAUUAGUGAAUCACUGAGUAGCGUAAGUAUGGAUAUCUAAAUUAUAUGUUGGUUUUGGCAGGUUUAAAAUCGUUUUUUGACCCUUUUGAGAAAUAACUUCAUAAGUGAUUCUUGUUUCUGGGUGAGAAAUACUACUUUACAUACAGUUUUGGUUUUCUAUUUGCAGAUGUAAUUGAUUUGAUGUAUUACACCAAAAAGAAGUAUUUUUAUGUUUAUAAUAAUGUAUAAUUUUUAGGUUCACUUAGAAUGUAUUUUAUUUAAUAAGUUAAAGUUCUUUUGGCACACUAUUAAAUGUAGAUACUCCUCCAUCACCACCCCCCAAAAAUCAACUACCUUAUGUUAGACUUUUAAUGUUCUCUGUCUAUACGUUUAUGCCUACACAAUAUACCGACAACAGUAUGGUGUCCAAGAGUGCCCUGUGUACAUAGACAUUUUGCCUUCCUUCCAGGAGGGUGCUGAUUCCUGACUACAGAUGCCUUUUAUUACUUAGGCUUCUGAGCUUGCAGUCAUAUUGAAUGUAUGAAGAGUGAAAUAAAAUCAGACCUUAUUUUUGUAUAGUUUUGGAGUUUAUACUUAGAGCUGACCACCUCCAGAUGACGUGGAGAGCUAUAUAGUAUAUAAAUCUACCUUUGCCUGGGAUCGAUUGGUACAGUAUUUUUGCAUCUGUGGGACCUACUUUUUUGUUCAGUAGUUUGAGCUAUAUAUAAACUGUACAAUUUGUAAAGUUUUUAUAGAAUAAAAUAUUCAGCUGUGAAAACUGGUUAAAUAAAACUAAUAUUUCUUAACACA